AUGCCAUCGCCUCACGCCAAUGCUCAUGCGCAUCACACCGGCUCCGUCUCUGCUGCCUCAAACACCGCCCUUCCCCAAUCCGCAUUCAACUUCCAUCUCAACUCGGCCUCGCAGUCCAAUCUGUCCUCCGCCUCCUUCUCGAACUCGAACUCCAACUCCAUCUCGAACCCCACCUCCCGUUCUACCACUCCCGCCUCCCAGAUCACCAUCGGCUCCAGGAAACCAACCCACCACUACUACCAGCAGCAGCAGCAGCAGCAGCAGCAACAACAGCAGCACCCACAUCACUUUUACGACUCCUCGACCCAUGUUUCGAGGCCCAUCUACGGCUCGGUCCAGUACAAUCCCACCAAGCCCUCCUCGCACAUCUCCUCCGCCGUCAACCUAACCCCCUCCUUCUCCUCUGCCUCGCUGCCACGGACCUCGUCGCUGCUGCCGCCCCCGAGCAUCACCGUCGACCAGGCCAGCUGGAAACAACCGACCCUCCACGACCCAUUCUCAAAUGCUCCGGCCGUCCCACCCGCCCCCAUCGCCGACCCGGUGAACGAGCGCGAGUUCGACGAUUCCGUCUCGCCAAAGAACACCCGCCGCCGCCACUCCAAGUCGCACUCGCGGUCCAGUAGCCUGGGCGGUCUGAGCGACGGCUUCCGGAACCUCAACAGAUGGUCCAUCUCCACCGCCUCAAGUCGUGCAUCCAACUCCGCCUCCGCCAAGCGAUUCUCCCGGCGCAUGAGCAUUGACUCUACCGCCCUCUUCUCGCAGUCCUCCUCCGCCUCGCCGAGACGACUGCACAAGAGCCGCCCCUCCACCUCCAGCGGGUCACCCGAAGAGCAUCACCAGCCUGCGGUCCCCCCGCUGACUACCCUUCCUCCCAUCGUACAACUGCCCUCCUUGUCACAGGACGACCUGGUCGGGGCCGCCUUGUCCGGGCAGGACCCAAGACCAGACCGCGCCACCUACUUUCCUGGGCCAGGUGCUGAGAACGAGUCCAGCCAUUUCUGGGAUGAUUCUCCAGGACCGGGAGAAACUUCGUACCUGUCAACUUCUGCGCGUGCCACCCCUGAACACGCCCUGCCGACUUCUGCCUUCAGCCGGGACGCCACCAUGCCACAUACCGAAGAUGGGGCUGGCCAUCGUGAAAAGGGGCACUCGAGGAGCCGGUCUCAGGGUCUCAAGAGCAGCACGGAUUCUACUUCGUCGCAGAGAAACCCAAGCCGUUCGAAGCAGCCUUCACAGAAGGCAAUGCUUUCAAAGGCUUUGCAAAAGGCCAACACUGCCGUCCAACUUGACAAUGCGCAAAAUUUCCAAGGUGCGCGCUCGGCCUAUCGAGAGGCAUGCGAAUUGCUACAUCAAGUCUUGCUGCGCACGGCGGGGGACGAGGAUAAGAAGAAGCUAGAGGCAAUUCGUAAAACUUAUGCGAGCCGUAUCGAAGAGCUGGACCAAAUGCUCCCUGAGGACGAGGAAGACAGCAAGGCGCUCCCGCAGAGGCCGGCAAGCAACAGCACAAGCUCCACAUCCCAGGCCACUGGGCGCACGAGGAACGGCUCCACGGCAGGAGAGGACCAGCCGUCGAGGCUGCGGUCCGACUCGGAGCGGAGCCAGCCCGGCCAGCGCCCGGUGCCCAACUACGCGAGACCGACAUCAGCUGCAUGGAGACCUCAACACAGUCCGAAACCAUCGUUGGACGGCUCAAGAUAUGUGACGCCCACACCGACAAACUUCAGUGAACCCUACACUCGCUCCCAGUCCGCCUUCUCUCAGAGCUCCCCCCAGAGAGACCGUACAACGCAUCCCGAGACCUUCCUGGCCCGGCCGAUGGAAGAUGAGUACAAGCCUCCUCCGCUCUCCCCACGGAGGCCCAUAUCCCCCUCGACAAAGCUGGGGCCAGACGUCUCCAUCCGGUCCGACUUCUUAAGUGAAAAGAACCGUCUCGCCCCGGCCGCGUCUUCGCAAAGAGGCCACCAGCGGGGAAAUAGUCACGAGUCAAUAUCUUGGCUUGACCCGAUAGACGAGUCGGCAGGCUCGUCGGCAUCGUCAGUGCAUUCGAGGUCGUCCUCGAUGGGGAUAAGAAGGAAGCACAUCCGGUCAGCCAGUGGCGACACAGAAGCAGAAUUCGAUGCCGCUCUGGACGAUGCCAUCGAAGCCGCCUAUGAUGACGGCUAUGAGUCCACGGAUGCCGCUAACCGCGCUCUGAACCUUGAUCACGUCAUAGACGAGGAUGAUGUUAUCGCACAAGCUCUCAAGAAAGUCCAACUCGCCAAGGAACGCGUGCGGCAAUCAGAACUCGAGAUGCAGCGGCUUGCCAACGACAGGGACCGACGCAUGAAGGCGCUGCAGGAGGAGGAGCAAACACUGCCGGGAGGCUUCUAUGAUGGAGACGACUCAGAUGACGAGGAACGUAUGCUUGAGGAGAUGACCACAGGCUACGCUAUCGAGAAUUUCACGCUAGGAGACCAGGCGCGAAACAGACUGCCUCGUGAAUCUGACUCCAGCGAGUUCACUUCGCGAACGUGGCACAGCUCUACCGUGUCGAACCCGCCCACUGCGAACACGGUUCUCUCGCCUGUCACGGAGAGCACAUCCUUGCCUUCGUUGUCCAAGAGCCAAGGCCCCAUUGCACCGCCACCGUCACAGUCCUUGCCCAAGCUGCCCCCUGGGCGACCGCCAUCGUCGGCCGGCCGAGAUAGUGUGCGCGACCGCCGACUGUCGGGGACCAAUGCCAAGCAGUUGAAGAUCGAGACGCAGAAGCUGGGGCCCAAGGUGCAGGAGCCAGCUACCGCGGGGCCGACGAUGCAAAGCAAGGAGUUGCCCUUGGGCCAGCAGCCCAAGACCGCUGGUUUCAUUGGUCAGCAGCAACGGCAGAAUCUUGCUGCCGGUCCCGGCUCGGUACGAUCCGCCUCGCAACUGCGCGGCCCGUCGCCGAUUCCCCCGGGCCUCGCGGCCCAAGGGCCACCGCCGACCCCACCUGUGCCUGCUGGUUUCGACGGACCCCUGGAUGGCCGAUCCGAGUCUCCGGCUGUGUCUCGGCCGCCAGCCCUCCGCAAGAACUUCUCCUCAAACUCCUUGAAGAGCAUGAAGACCCGCAACCUCUCAAUUACCAAUGUCGACGAGUACUCCGACGUGUCCCCCGGAACGCCACUGUCCAAUCAAUUUGGAAACGCACCGGCAGCGCGGCUACCCGCCUUGCCUUCGCUUCCCACGCCGGUAGCAGCUGCAUUCAGGGAUCGCGUAACCUCAGGGUCGGCAGCUGGUGGCUUCCAUCUCUUCGAUAAUGACAUCCAUUCCCCCGCAUCGCCAGGAGAGACAGAUACUCCGUCUGAGGAUGCGCCGCUGCCUCUUGAGCCCUGCCCGACCGAUGUGAUGCUACGGCCGUUUUGGCUGAUGCGCGCCCUAUAUCAGACGCUCGCUCACCCCAAGGGCGGGUACAUCAGCAACAAGCUGUUUGUGCCGAGGGAUGCGUGGCGGGUCAAGGGGGUCAAGAUCAAGGGUAUGGAAGAGAAGACCAGCCAGUGCGAUCUGCUCACAGCUGCGCUCCAGAAGCUUUCUCGGGUGGACUCGGAGGACGCCGACGCGCUGCUAGAAGAGAUGCAGAGCUUCGAAAAUGUCCUCGAGCAGGCUCAAAUAUUCUUGACUCGGCGGCUUGGCAAUGAGGUCGGCGUCCAGGGCUCAGGCACGAUGUUCAAGGACGCAGAUGGGGUGAUCGAGUCCGACGGCAAGCCAGUCCCCCGGAACAACUCCGUCAGCGCCAAGAACGCAUUCAGCUGGCGGCGGCUGCGGAACAAGACGAGUUCGACCGGGCUGGGAAGCACGUACGAGCGCAGCGGGACCAAGAAAGAGCUUGGAAAUGCGGUUGGAGCAGAGGCCAUGUCACUGGCAACACUGCCCAUGACAAACCAUCCUACUUCUAAGCCGAGCAAGAGGGACGCCAUGGGCGUGCAGUUUAGCGGGCCGAAUGCUCAUUACAUGGCUGCGUUGGCGCGCUUGUUUGACGCCGCGCAGACCAUUGACCUAAUUGCCCGCCAAGUGGAAGACCCAGGUCUCCGACACGCGGACAAGACUCAAGUAGGGCUCGAGCUCUGCACUAGGCACGCUGCCGAGUUCUUCGCCUUCUACAUCUGCCGAUUCGUCUUGCAGGAUCUGACCAUGUUGUUGGACAAGUUCAUCAAGAGGGGUAUAUGCCUGCGGCCGCUUUGCCCGUCAAGCCGCCUGGUGCGCAGCAUCGUGCGUCCUGACAAGUCCAGCAGCAGACGAACGCCCCCAGUCCUGCGCCGGUGCGCCUCGCUCACACCACAUCAUCAUCAACACCACCAGAAUGCCCUUCGGCUCGGCUCGCUGCCGCCCGUCGCUUUCUACGGCAUACGUUCGCAUCGAGGGCUAGGAGCGGCGCCGAGAACCUACGCCACUGCAUCGUCCCCCGCCGCCUCGGUAUCCCGGAAGGGGCCGACCGACCUCGAGAAGCGCAUCGCCGCCAUCCCCCUCGAGCGAUUCCGCAACUUCUGCGUGAUUGCACACAUCGACCAUGGAAAGUCCACCCUUAGUGAUAGGCUCCUCGAGCUGACAGGCACCAUCUCCAAGGACGACGAGAACAAGCAGAUCCUCGACAAGCUGGACGUCGAGCGCGAGCGCGGCAUCACGGUCAAGGCGCAGACGUGUACCAUGAUCUACAAGUAUAGGGGGCAGGAUUACCUGUUGCAUCUCGUCGACACUCCAGGCCAUGUUGACUUCCGGGCUGAGGUAACACGGUCUUAUGCCUCUUGCGGUGGUGCGUUGCUGUUGGUGGACGCUUCUCAGGGCAUUCAGGCCCAGACCGUCGCCAACUUCUACACGGCAUUUGCGCAGGAGUUGACCAUGGUUCCCGUGGUGAACAAGAUCGACCUGCCAACUGCCGAUGUCGAGAGGGCCGUGGCGCAGUUGAAGGACACCUUUGAGAUCGGGACUGAGGACCAUGAAGGUGGCGCCCCUGUCCUAGUGUCCGCCAAGAGCGGCAAGAACGUGGAGGCCAUUUUACCGGCCGUCGUCGAGAGGAUACCGCCUCCAAAGGGAGACAGUAGUCGCCCUCUGCGAUUGCUGCUGGUCGAUUCGUGGUACGACACGUUCAGGGGCGUCAACCUGCUGGUCAGGCUCUUCGAUGGGACGAUUAAAGCCGGUGAUCAAGUCGUCUCCCUGGCGACUGGCAAGAAAUACACCGUUGGCGAGGUUGGCAUACAUUAUCCACACCAAGUCCCACAGACAGUUCUGCGAGCAGGCCAAGUCGGAUACAUCCUGUUCAAUCCCGGCAUGAAGCGCAUACAGGAUGCCAAAAUCGGGGACACCUUUACGACGCUCGGUAACGAGGGCAAGGUGGAAAUGUACCCGGGCUUCGAGGAGCCCAAGCCAAUGGUGUUCGUCGGAGCAUUCCCCACAGACCAGUCUGACUACACAAAAAUGUCUGAGAGCAUCAAUCAGCUCGUCCUCAACGACAGGAGUAUCACCCUGCAGAAGGACCAUUCCGAAGCCCUGGGCGCAGGUUGGCGCCUGGGCUUUCUGGGCAGUCUACACUGCUCCGUCUUCCAGGAUCGCCUGAGACAAGAGUAUGGCGCCAGUGUUAUCAUCACCGAGCCUUCGGUGCCCAGCCGCAUCGUCUACACAGACGGGAGGGAAGAAAUAAUCACCAAUCCGGCCGAAUUCCCAUCAGACGACGACCACAAGGCGAGAGCGGCCACUUUUUACGAGCCGUUCGUCCACGCCAUGGUCACACUGCCGGAAGAGUACCUGGGCCGUGUCAUCGAGCUAUGCGAGGGCAGCAGAGGCGAGCAAGUCAGUAUUGAGUUCUUUCAUGCCACUCAGGUCAUUCUCAAAUACGAUCUUCCUGCGUCAGCCCUCGUCGACGAUCUCUUUGGCAAGUUGAAGGGGGCCACAAAAGGAUAUGCUACGCUGGACUACGAAGACGCAGGCUGGCGAGAGUCGCGACUGCAGAAGCUACAACUGCUCGUCAACAAGAAGCCAGUCGACGCCAUCUGCCGCGUCGUUCACGCAUCCCAGGUCGACCGCUUGGGCAAGCAUUGGACGGCCAAGUUCAAAGAGCACGUCGACAGGCAGAUGUUUGAGGUGAUCAUCCAGGCCGCCGUGGGCAGGAGGAUCAUCGCGAGGGAGACGCUGAAGCCAUUCCGGAAGGACGUGUUGGCGAAGCUGCACGCCAGUGACAUUUCUCGGCGGAAGAAGCUGCUCGAGAAGCAAAAGGAUGGCCGCAAAAAGCUGAAUGCUAUCGGGAACGUGACCAUCGCGCAGGAGAGUUUCCAGAAAUUCUUGACCAAGUAG